CAACGACAAGAGAGCCUCGACUCACCUCACUCUUCCACUCUCCCACUUUCACCCUCACCCUUACCCUCACCCCUAUCUCGCCUCUUCCUCCUUCUGUCACCCCUCCCCACGGGCUCCCCCCAAUUGCAAGCCCGUUCUCUUCUCAUUAGUUACCGCUGUGAUGCAUUAGUUUGCGUUUCUGCGCAGUAGACCUUCUAUCAUCAUUCUCUGCAGCCUGUCUUUUCUCUCCUUCGCCCUUCUUGGUUGCAGAUAUUUCGAGUAUUUUCAAUCCCCUAUUACGAGAAAUAUUCAAAUAGUUGCCUCUGCCGACUCAUCAAUUGCGCAAUCAGGGGAAAUCUGCAUAGCCCUGUGUCUUUAGUAUCAUCAUCAUAAUCAUCUUUAGCAGCGGUAUUAAUUGUUUCCGUCACAAUGGCUUCCGAAGGUCCUGGCCUGAUCGUAAAUGGCGGCCAGUCGUCAAAGUCCCCCGCCGCAUUACUCUCGGAGCAACACGAGAAACACAACGUCACUAUCGAGGACGUGGUCGAUGAAGAGGAUAUUAAGCAUCCUCCCCCAUCCCUUCCCGGCCAGCCAGUCAUCGCCGAAUCAUCCGAGACACCUGCUCCUGCGACACCCAAACCCAAGAAAGCUCCAGUGUUCGAUGUCCAAUCCGAAGAGCUGUUCCCGGCCUUGGGAAGCGGUCCUAAAUCUAAAGCUGCUGCAAACGUGCCUACGGCAUGGGGUGCCAAAAAGCCAGGCGUAGCUGCCACUCCUGCUAAUGGAACACCAGCUGCUCCUCAGCCAUCGGCUUCCUCGGAAUUUUCUGAUAUCCCAAAAAUCAUUUCCCUGCCUGGAAAGCAUGUGGAACAACUUCGGCUCGCCCCAUCGCAGAUGCUUCCUCGAGGCCAACUGAAGAAACCGGUCAGAGAUAUUUUGCGAGAUAUUACCAAGCGAUCCAAAGCCACUGUCGAUAUGCGAGGAGGCCCUAAUGGCUCCAUUAUUUUUGAAGGAAAAGGCUCAGCUGAUGCCGUUCGUCAAGCCCUCAAGGAGGUCGCUCAACAAGUUGGAUCGAAGCAAUCUGUUCGAGUGCCCAUCCCAGCUUCUGCAAGAGCCCAUAUUAUCGGCCGUGGAGGUGUCGUUGUACAAGACAUUCAACAGCGAACCGGUGCUAAAGUCCAGGUGCCCCGCGCCGAGGAAUCUGCUCCUGGUGACGAGGACGAUGACAGCGUCACCAUCGACGUUUUAAUAGAAGGUGAUGCUGUCGCCGCGGAAAUGGCCCGUCGCGAGAUUGAAUCCAUUGUAAAAGAGCGUGCUUCAAAUAUCAAUCUUCGACUGCGGUCGAUCCCACCCGAAUUUUUCCCUUUUAUUGCCGGCGCUCAUAAUACAAGUGUGAAUGACAUUGAAGAGCGCACUAAGGCACAAAUCCGAGUGCCUCGUUACGAUACAUGGCUGAAGCAGCCUCCCCCACAAGAAGCCAGACCCGGCCAGAUUCGCUUCGUUCCCGACCCAGACCGACACAUUCACAUCUCUGGUGAGCGAAAUGCUGCCCAAGAAGCUCGUGCUGAGAUCGAACGUCGCGCUGCUGAGCUUCAACGUCAGCUCACUUUGCGCCAGCUCGCUAUCAAUCGUGGCCAGCAUCAGUUUAUCCUUGGAGACAAUGCUACCGCUCUUCACGACUUCCUUGCAGAAACAGGCUGUGCUAUCAUUUUGCCUCCUGCUUCAGAAGACAGCGAAUUUUUGACUAUCACUGGUCCUCUAGAGAAAAUUGAGGUCGGUAUCAAUCGUGCAAUGGAGUUGGCAACGAGCAUGCAAAUGGCCAGCAUCGACUUUUCUAAACAAUUAUCGGCCGAGCAUGCCAGAGCUCUUACCUCGUAUCUUCAACAGCGCCAGGUUAUCCGCGAGCUGGAACGUGCAUAUGAUGCUCGCAUUGUACUUCCCCAAGCUAGCAACGGCCCGGUAACCUGGGAAGUAUAUUCACGUGAUGGGAAGAACACCAUUCGUGCUCGCUCCGAUAUAAUGAAUCUUAUCCAAGCUCAUCCACCAGCUAGGCUUCGUUCUGUUCCCGUGGAUCCAUACUUUCACUCCUUUCUGAGUUCAAGAAGUACACCCCAAUUAAGGGAGCAGUACGGAGUUCACCUUAUCGUGCCAGAUGAUCUUGACAGCUCUGAAGUUGUUUUGGUCUACGAGGGUCAGCAAGAAGAUGCUGACUUUCAAAUUCCGAGACAGAGACCAUCGAGUGAGGAGAUUGCGCAGUUCGAAAACGCUCUGAAAUCCGCUCAGGAAUUCCUUGUCAGCACCCUAGGUGACCAGACAAAUAUCGUCCAGAGUUCAGUGCCCAUUCCAGCCAAGUAUACUGACAAGACCCGCAAAUACAUUUCACGGGAACAACAGGCAGAUGUCGAUAGCAUCCCUGUGCGUGCCAUUUUCCCAGAUUCUGAUGUUCGCAAUGGCCAGAAGGCCAAUGCUGCCGCUCAGGAUGAAAUCGCGUUGCGGGGCCGUUCGGCUGAUGUUGACCAACUUACUGCUAAAAUUCUUGCAUUUAUUGAACAACAGCAAAAGGACGACCUGGAGCGGGACUAUACUAUUAGCUUUGAUUAUCCUCAAAAGUUUGCUAACUUCCUUAUUGGCAAACGUGGCGAGAAUAUCAACAAGCUAAGAGAGGAAUUCGACGUCGAUAUUAAGAUCGACAACGGAAAGGUUGAAGUCAAGGGCCCUAAGGCGAAGGCUGAUGCCGCCAAACAGAGGAUUGUUGCCUUGGGUAGGAAAUUGGAAGAUGAGACUACUCAUAUUUUGAAAAUUCCUGCCAAAUAUCAUCGCGAUCUGAUCGGCCAGAAGGGUAGCCAGGUCAACCGACUUCAAGAUCGCUAUAAUGUCCGCGUCCAAUUUCCUCGCGCUGCGGCUUCUCCCGUAAACGACGACCAAUCCGUCGCAGACACCGCAAGCGAAGUUGGCGGUGGGCGAUUUGGUCGUAACAAUCAAGCCCCUGAUGAGGUACAUAUCAAAGGUCCAAGUAAGGGAGCCGAUGCUGCUAGAGAUGAAAUCCUCAGCUUGCUUCAAUGGGUUGUGGAUCAUUCUAAUUCGGCAACUGUCUCUGUAGCCCAGAGUCAGAUUCCGUCUUUGAUCGGCCAGCGUGGUCGUGAAAUGGACAAACUUCGUGCUGAAACUGGUGCUCAAAUUGACGUUCCUAGUGCUCAAGAUACCCCUGAUGAUUCGGGGCGUGUGGAAAUCAAGAUCAAAGGCACAAAGAAGCAGGUUGAAGAGGCAAAGAACAUACUCCAAAAGCGAGCCAAGGAAUUCGAUUCCAUCGUUACCAAGACCAUCGACGUUGAUAAGAAGUAUCACAAGGCCUUGAUCGGUGGUGGAGGUGCGAAUAUUCGCAAGAUCAUUGUUGAAGCUGGCGGUCCAGACGACAGCACGGCAGCUCGGGUGGUCAAAUUCCCUCGCCCUGAGAGUGAUGAGAGGACCAUCAAGCUUGAAGGCAAUGGUGCCGUCGUCGAAAAGAUCGCUGCUGCGAUUGACGAGUUUGUUAAGGAACGAGAGGACCAAGUUACAUCAACACUGGACGUUCCUCAGACUCAGCAUAGGCUACUUAUCGGACGAGGUGGUGAUACGAAACGCGGUUUCGAAAGCCAAUUCAAUGUCUCGAUCGACAUACCUAAGCAAGGAUCCGGGCGUACCGAUGUCAAGAUCAAGGGGCCAAGCAAUGCAGUUGAGGAAGCUAGGGCUCAUAUUGAGUCCCUUCUGAAAGAACAGCAAGGUGAAACCGUCCAGGUGCCAAGAUAUUUGCACCAUGUUGUUUCCGACAACGGAUCCUUCUUCAGACGUCUGCGCAACGACUACCAGGUGACAGUUGACCAUUCUGGUCAACAACCACCGGCUAAGCCCAGCCCAGUCGACUCACGCGAGGCUAACGGGGCAUCGCUCCCAUUAAUCACAGAUGAACCCGAUGCAGCUAGUGAUGCUCACUCUUGGAAAGUGGUUGAGAAUGCACCAGCCGGUGAUACAUCUGUCACCAUUCCGUGGGUCCUUUCUGGCUCGACAGAAAAUGUCAUCAGGGCCAAGACUGCUUUAGAAAAGGCACUCUCUUCGGCAUCUCAGCAAGACGCAACUGGGUAUCUGAUCCUUCCAGACCCAAAGACUUAUCGAUUCGUUGUCGGACAAGGCGGUAGCCAAAUCAACGCUAUUCGAAAGAAGACUGGCUGCCGAAUCCAAGUGCCCAAGGGUCAAGCCAAGGGCGAAGCCAUUGAAAUCAAGGGCUCCAAGGAUGGCCUAGAAGAGGCCCGAGACAUGAUAUUGGAAGCCGUGCGUGUAGGAUCUUCGUCACGUUGAUUUUUUUCACCAGAGCAAAUAUUUUGCUUUUGUUUGGAUUGAUUAAAAAAAUAUUUUUCUAUAUUAUUUUGCGGGGAUGAUAUCUACAUAUUUCUUUGUACACUUCUUUUAUCAAAAAUUUUCCUGAACAGUUAUAUAACUUGUUCCAUACUAGUUAUUUUUGUGGACUGGUUUUUCGACGGAUUCUGAUGAUUCACUCAUUGGACGUCACAAAACGGAUCAUGCAGCAUAGUGCAAAAAAAGACAGAUAACAGACAGAAAUGAAGAAUGAAUAAGAUCCUCUACUCCCUUAAAUGAUAUUAGACAAUCACACCAUCAUUGAUGUUAUGUUUGCUAUUAUUGAUUAAAGGUUUUCAUAUGUAUUUGAGAUAUGUCACGAUCCUCCUGAUGUACAGUGUACAUCUACCAGAGCAAC